AUGGCUUUCACGGCGACUCUCCAAUCCAUCCGGUCACUCUUACGCUCCCCAGCCUCCCGACGCUCCAAGUCCCUCUCCGUGAACCAAGUCUCCGUUUCCGCCGACGACACCGUCACCGCUUCCAUGCCUCAGCACCCCGCUACCGAGGUCGUCGAGGAUGUCUCCGUGGCCAGGGGCGUCAUGGUGAACGGCGUCGACGAGGGAGAGGCCCUCCACGACCUGCCCAGAGUCUGCGCCGCGCUCGACGAAAAGGUGACGAGGUUGCUGGAAGAGGAACGCGCCGACGAGACCUUCAAGGGCAUGCAGGAAAGGGUCCGUCAAUCCAUGGAUAUCAUUGCAGAGUCCCUACGCCGAUACAACCCCGAAGAGCUCGCCAUGUCGUAUAACGGCGGCAAAGACUGCCUCGUCCUGCUCAUCCUCCUCCUCGCCGGAAUCCAUCGCCACUCCCAAUCGACCAACAGCUCCGCCCCGCCUCCCAAGACCCUCCAGUCCACCUACUCCCUCAACCUCACCCGCUCCACCCUCCCCAUGCGCCAGGCCCUUUCCGCCUACCUCGCCGCCAACCCUGCCCUCCGUGCCGUCUUCGUCGGCACCCGCCGGACCGAUCCCCACGGCGCCACCCUCACCUCCUUUGACGAGACGGACGGCGACUGGCCGCGCUUCAUGCGCAUCCACCCCGUCCUCGACUGGCACUACACCGAAAUCUGGGCCCUCCUGCGCGCUCUCGAUGUUGAGUACUGCAAGCUUUACGACAUGGGCUACACGAGUUUGGGCGGCACCACAGACACCUUGCCCAAUCCCGCGCUCAAGAGCUCCGGCGGUAGCUUCCGCCCCGCCUAUGAACUCGUAGACGACGACGAAGAGAGGCUAGGAAGGGACUAA